AUGAACAAAGAAUUACACGAGCAACUGCAGCAACUGCAGUCGCAGCUGUCAGGUACAGCCAUAAAUGAAUUGGUGCACUCGCCGCUCUUCAAACCGACACCACGCUCUCUAAGCUUGGAAGAAGCUACUCGAGUGAGUUACCAGAGAGCAAAAGCCUUUACUGAGGCAUACGCAGGCUUGACCCUUGAGGAUGUUCUAUACAUCACUCCAAAGUUCUGGAGGCUACACCUCGAGCCUCUGGCAGCGUUAGAUGGCGGUGCUUUUACCCUGCUCAGCAUCCAGUGUAAUCUUUUUGUGGGCACGCUGGCCCCAUUUUCCUUGAAACGUCCAGAGCUUCAACCGAUCCUUCAGUCUGCUUUGAACUUUGAUAUCUCAGCUCAGUUCAUGCUGACUGAAGUCAAUCAUGGAUUGGAUGCCCGUAACAUUCAAACUACGGCAACUAUUCUGCCAGAUGGUGACAUUGACCUUCACACUCCGUCCGUAAACGAUGCAAAGGUCAUGCCGCCAACGACCCCAAGAGGUGGUUUCCCCAUCGUUGCGAUUGUGAUGGCUCGCCUUAUGAGUGACAACAAAGAUCAUGGGAUCCGGCCAAUCCUCGUACAACUCGGAGAUGGGAAACAGAUGUGCAAAGGUGUUGUAGCAAAAGCUUUGCCUCCACGAACAGGCUCUCAUCCAGUUGACCACGCCCUCACGUACUUUGACCACGUCCGUCUACCCAGGUCUUCCUUGUUAGGCAGCCUGGAGGACACCCGAAAUGAGCGCGAAGCUUUCAUGUCCACAAUCCAGCGAGUUGCCGUGGGAACUUUGUUCCUCUCAGCUGCUGUCAUCCCAGCGCUGAAGAUCGCCGCAUUCAAUGCAACACGCUUUAGCCAGCGCAGAAUGGUCAGUGGCCAAGAUGGAAAGCCAAUGGCAGUGAUUGAAUUCCGCACCCAAUAUCUUCCAAUCCUGCACGCUGUUUCUCAAUAUAGUGUGCUUGAGCCAUUCCUGGUCUCUGCAGCCAUGUCUUUUCGAGACACCAAGAUCGACCCUCGGGUACGCCACGGUAUAGCCACGGCCUUCAAAGCGGCAGCAAUUGGGCAUUUCAAACAGAGUGUUCGGGCGAUGAAUGAGCGAUGUGGAUGGCAGGGACAGUUUGAGCAUAACCAACUUCUUCAGCUGGAGCUGGAAGUCCGUGGAGUAGCCACUGCAGAAGGUGAUGUCAAUGUUCUCGCCAUUCGCCUCGCCUCCGAACUCUUGAUUAAUCGGUAUCAAAUGCCACCACCGAACAACCACAACAGUAUCCUUGCUCGGCAUGAAGCCUCCGUAUUUUCCGAGGCAAGAAGCAUCCUUCAACAUUCUGCCAAGGGGGCCCAUCGAAGCGAGCAAUUCAACAGGGAUCUUCUUCCCCUGGCCCUUCCGUUGGUCGAAGCCGUUGGCCAUCGGAUGGCCUAUGAAGCCGCCCAACAAGCCGGCAUCGAUCAAAAGAUACUGGAUCUUUACGAAAGUGGAGUGAUCAAGCAAGACUCCGCUUGGUAUACCGAGCAAGGCGGACUUAGUCGAGAGAUCCAACGAGAAAUGGAAGCUCAAGCCGCCGAUGCUUUGAUCCCCGAGUUAGUGGAUAUCAUGCGGGACUCUAGUAUGCAGGAAUAUUGCACCGCGCCUAUGACUUCCAAGGAUUUGUGGGACGGAUUCGUCUCAGGUCUUGAGGUUUUCUCGGGGGAUGCUUGUGCCAAUUUGCUCGUUUAG